AUGGACAAUGAAUUUGGAGAAGAUGCAGACUUCAGCUCGUUGCUGAACAACAAACAGAACGCACCUCCUCAAUCCUCCACGUCAACAGCAGCCCCUUCCCGCCAACAACCACAACCACCGAAGAAAGUCCAACAACCCAAGCCACAAGCUCUCCCAACCAGAAACAGCCCAUCUGCAAUCCUCGUCUCCUCCCGGCAGAAAGGCAACCCAAUCCUCAACCAUGUCAAGCUUCUUCCCUGGGAAUUCGCAGAUAUCCCAGCCGACUACGUCCUCGGGAACACCACCUGCGCUCUUUUCCUCUCCCUGAAAUACCACCGUCUGCAUCCGGAAUACAUCUAUUCCCGGAUCCGAUUACUCGGACAUAAAUACAAUCUCCGCAUUAUCCUGAUCAUGGUCGAUAUUCCGAACCACGAGGAGAGCCUGAAAGAGCUUUCGAAGACGUCGAUUAUCAACAAUCUUACAUUGAUACUUUGUUGGUCUGCGCCCGAGGCGGCGCAUUACCUAGAGCUAUUCAAAUCAUCUGAGAAUGCACAACCGACUGCUAUCCGUACCCAGCAGGCGCAGUCUUAUAAGGAAUCGCUUGUUGAGUUUGUCACAACUCCGCGAAAUAUUAACAAGUCGGACGCGGCGAGUCUGAUAUCGACCUUUGGCAGCUUGCAGAAUGCCAUCAAUGCGCAGCCGGAGCAAAUUAGCUCUGUGCCAGGGUGGGGGGAGAGAAAAGUUCGACAAUGGUGCAAUGCUGUCCGGGAAGAUUUCAGGGUCGAAAGGGCGAAGGGGAAGAAAGCGCCUGAGAGGCAAACCCUGGAUUCGACUGCAAGUGCGAAUACGAAUGCUGCUAGUAUUUCUCACAAAGAUGACGAGGAGGCCAUGAUUCUGGCAGAAGCGGAAGAUUCCAGUCGCAUCCAAGGAGGUCAACCCGAAGAAAUGAGCGAAGGCAUAAUGUCUGCGCUGGCAAAAUUAAGGAAUAGUGGUGGCCAAACAUGA